AGGGUGGGACUUGGACACUCUAGAGAGGGGUAGAGACAGAGAGCGGUUUUGUUCUCUCUCUGCAUCUCUCUGGUCGUCUAGGGUUUUACUUCUUCGUCUUCUCUUAAUAUCAUCAAACUCUUAACGUUCUCCUCUCUCUGGUCGAGAUUUACGCUUCUCUGGCUCCCCCUCGGUUCGAGCGGCUGCUCAGAAGUUCGAGUCGGAGAGGAGGUUGUCGCUUCCUUGGGCGAUAUGACUGUGAGGUACGGUGGUUUCCCAGUAGAUUACGAUCGUCAUAAUUUUGACUCUCCGGGCGGCUAUGAUGAUAGGCAUAAUGCUGAAGGAGACACUUAUGGUGUCCCGAGAAUGGUUUUACCCUUGUCUGGCUUGUCAUCAUCGGAAAGGAAGAAGUUGCUUCUUACGCUUCGACAGGAGCUGCAACAGUUACGCUCCUUUCAGAAGAAUGUUGACCUUCCUAAGUUUAUGUCUGUCACUAGUACACCUGCAUGCAGUUUGCCUCGAGCCAAGAGUUUUGGUAUGUCAAAGAUGAAGCAUUGUGAGACCCUCUUGAAACGAUUGAUGUCGCAUCAGCAUGGUUGGCUUUUUAAAACUCCUGUUGAUGUUGUCAAGCUCAACAUACCUGAUUAUUUUACCAUUAUCAAACAUCCUAUGGAUUUAGGAACUGUUAAGACCAAGUUAACCUCCGGCACAUAUUCUAACCCAUCUGACUUUUCUGCUGGUCUUACUUUUCGAAACGCUAUGACUUAUAACCCCAUCGGAAACAAGGUUUAUAACAUGGCUCAUACUCUCACCAAAUUUUUCGAGGUGGGGUGGAAAACUUUUGAGAAGAAGUCAUCUGGAACCUAUUCCGAACCAACUAACUUGGGAACGUAUGCUGACAAAGAGACUGUAAUGCCUGAGCCUCUGGCUAAGAAGAGGAAGAUGAGUGCUGUGAACCAUGACUGCCUCUUAGAGCCUGCUAAACGGGUUAUGGCAGAUGAGGAUAGGGUAAAGCUUGGCAGAGAUUUGGGGUCCUUGACAGAAUUCCCGGUACAUAUAAUAAAUUUUCUGAGAGAUCACAGCUCCAAUGAAGGGGGAUUUGGAGACGAUGAGAUUGAGAUUGACAUUAAUGAGCUCAGUCAUGAUGCCUUGUUCCAGUUGCGGGAUCUCUUUGAUGAGUACUUGAUAGGAAACAAUAAGAAAGAUUCAAACGGUGAACUCUGUGAGCUAGAGCUUUUACAUGGGUCAGGGCCAGGAAAUUCAUUGAUGCAACAUUGUGAUGAGACUGAGUUCGAGAACGAGGAUGUUGACGUUGGUGAGUAUGAGCACCCUAGAUCUAGAUCUCACAUCACAUCUGUCAGGACAGAUAUAGGCUCUAGUAGCUCGGAGAGUUUACCAGAAGAUCCUAAAACCACAAGAUUAUUGAGUUCAUCAAAGGUUCUUGAGAGCAUGGAUUCGGAAUCUCCCUUGGAUGGAGCUACAAGCAGUUCCCCAAGGAGAAAACCGUCCGUUGGUGGAUUGAAUCAGUUGGAAGAUGCAUCCAAAGGGAAGCUAAGUCAUGUUGAAGGGGUAGGUGGUCAUAAAGAUGGAAAUAGUGCUCAGAAUGAGAAGCAACUACCUCCGGAAAAGCGUUACAGGGCUGCUCUAUUGAAAAAUCGAUUUGCGGAUAUAAUCUUGAAGGCGGCUCAAGAGAAAACUCUUAAUCAGAAUGAGAAACGAAGCCCAGAAAAACUGCGGCUUGAGAAUGAACUCGAAUUGCAAAAGAAGAAAGAAAAAGCACGGUCACAAGCAGAAGCCAAGGAAGCUGAAGAAGCUCGAAGAAAAGCUAAGGCACAAGCUGCGGCUGAGGCUAAGAGGAAACUGGAACAUGAAAGAGAAGCAGCCCGGCAGGCAUUGCUUGAGAUGGAGAAGUCGGUUGAAAUAAAUGACAACUCAAGGUUUCUCAAGGACCUAGAACUGGUUAACACGGACCACUUGACAAAUCUAAGAGAGGUUGGCCAUGACUCUGAUGGGCUGGGUGUUUUUGGGUUUGGAGGAAGCAAUCCUCUAGAGCAGCUGGGGCUAUAUAUGAAACAUGAUGAGGAUGAAGAUGAAGAUGAAGUCACCUGCUUGCUUUUGACAGAUCCCACUCCCAGCAACGAAGUAGAAGAGGGUGAAAUUGACUGAGAUUGACGAGUGUUGUAAUUCGGGUAAUAGCAGCAAGUGUACAUGAAUCAGAGAGUUAUUGUAAAAAACGAUAGUUAUAUUGAAAAAUGUACCCACGAGAGAAAGAGGCUCUAAA